AUGUUGGAAUUUUACUUGGAGGAACAAGCCAGAAGUGUGGGGAGCCGCAAUCCCGAGAUCCAGCGCAAGCGACGGGCGGAGCCCUCGCGAGGUAAGCGAUGCGAUCGGCGGAGCGAGACUCCAGAGUUGGAGCUCAUGGCGUCCCCAUUCACAAGCCCCAUGGCAUCCCCAAGGAGCGAGUGGUCCUCGUGGGCGUCUCCUCGAAGCAGACGGGAGCCGGAAGUGUCGCCAGGAGCAACGGAGGAGGAGGACAGCGACGGCAGCGACGUGGUGGUGGUCUCCGUCGAGCCGGCUCCGAGGAGAGCCGAGCUCCGGAGAUGGCAGCUCAACGACGAGGAGGAGCGGGCACGGGAGCAGGAGCUGCGACGCGACGCAGCGUUCCUCGGCAUCGCCAUCCGAUCGGCGGAGCGCUAUUUGCGUGAGCGGAAGCGCGAAACUGCAGGGCAACGGGAGCCGAAGCAGCCGUUGAAAACCAGGCCGCCAGCGACGCCAUCGCAGCCGACGUCAAGGCCAGCAGCAGCGCAGCAGGGACGGACGGCAGAGGUACCGUUGCAACGGAGAGCGCAGGCCUCAGCACACCCGACAGCGCAGCCGCCAGCGACGUCAGCAGCGCAGCCGCCAGCGACGCCAGCGGCGCAGCCACCAGCGACGUCAGCAGCGCAGCCGCCAGCGACGCCAGCGGCGCAGCCACCAGCGACGCCAGCAGCGCAGCCGCCAGCGACGCCAGCAGCACAGCCGGCAGCGACCCCAGCAGCGCGGCCAACAGCCGAGACCGUGCGGAGGAGCCAGAUGGAGCAGCAGCGCAAUCGGCGAGCAGCAGCAGAGGCGCGACGCGAGGAGGAGCGGCGACGCGAGGAGGGACGGCGACGCGAGGAGGAGCGGCGACGCGAAGAGGAGCGGCGACAUGAGGAGGAGGCCCGAAGCAAGGCAGCGGAGAAGGCGCAAAGGGAGGCGGCGCUGAACAAGGCCAUGAUGCGGGAAGCAUAUGCCGCCCUGCAACGGCAGAUGGAGGCCGCGCGGCGGGAAGCCGAAGCUCACGAGAGGAUCGAGGAGGAGGCUCCGCCUCCUCCGAGGUUCCUCAAGGGGAGGACAGGUCUGUUUAGCGGACCGACGGGGCAGCAGCAACCCAAACAGGGUGAGGAGGCACCCUUAUGGGAACGCCGGCACCCCGAGCCACCGCCGCAGCCACAGAGCACACAACAACCGACGCCCCCGCAGUCACCGCCACCAAAAUCACCACCGCCGAACGCACCGACACAACAGUCGUCGUCACGACAGGAGGAGGCACCGAAGGAGCCGCCACAGGAAGAGGCCCAGCGGCCCCAGUGGGGUGGUCCGGAGACCGCGGUGUGCGGGCCAUUUGUGUCACAAAACGUGCACACGGCGGUAAGGAAUGGCAUGAUAUGGCACCACCAAGUUAUCCACAUAACGUGGGCGUCGGGACCCGCACCAUCGGAAGCGCAGGAAGAACGGAAAGUAUGGGAGGAGGAACCGGCCCCGCGAAGCAACGCGCGUGAUCCACGACAGCACCGGAGGCAGGCAGAGGCCAUGAGGGCAGAGGAGACGGCGUCGGAGGAGCGGGAGCCAGCGGCAGCGAAGGCACCGGCUGCGACGGCGACAGAGGCACCGACAGCGGCAGCAACGGAGGGGGCGGCAGCGACGGAAGAGGCGGCAGCGCCAGCGACGGCGACGGCAACGGAAAUACCGACGGCGGCGAUGGAGGUACCGGCAGCGACGGUGACGGAGGUACCGGCAGCGACGGUGACGGAGGAACCGGCAGUGCCAGCAAUGACGACGGCGACGGAGGUACCGUCAGCGAACACGGAAAGCGAGAGGUGGGAGCGCGGUCCGUGGGUGUGGCCCUCACCUGCGAAAGACAAGCCUAGGCCUGUCCUAGUGCGGCAAUCGUCGUGCCCGGAUCCCAGGGCUGAGGUCGCCCGGCCGAAGCUGCAGAGACAGCAGUCGGUGGAGGAGCCGACGGGGAAGAACGUCCGCUGGCGACAUGUGGAUGUUGAAGAAUGGCCGGAGGCAGUGGCUCGGGCGGUGGAAGGCACACGCCGGAUCGGUCGACGCGUGAAGCGUCUCGUGAGGGUGCGCGGGGUGCGGUACCGGGUAUCAGCAUCGGCAAACCAGGUCGAGGUGUCCGUCGAGGCAUGA